CUAGUGUCAAAGUGAGCAUACGUGCAAAAUAGAAAUUUAAGGAAAAUGUUCGCAAAGGUGCUGUUAGUUUGCUCACUGGUGGCGGCGGCGCAGGCGGGGCUCAUCGCAGCCGGCCACGGCGCGCACUACUCUCACGGCGCGGCCGUGUCCUCGCAGUCCAUCGUCCGCCAUGACCUGUCGCACGGCCAGCAGUACGCACCCCUCAUCCAGCACGCCGCCCCCGUCAUCCAGCACGCCGCCCCCCUCAUCCAGCACGCCGCUCCCCUCAUCCAGCACGCUGCUCCCCUCAUCCAGCACGUCCAGCACGUCGCGCCCGUGCAGCAAGUCGCCCACUCCGCGCCCCUCGUCAGCCUGCAAGGCGGACACCAGAUUGAGGCGUACAACGUGAGUCUACCACCUGACCUUACAUAUCCCAAGUACGAGUUCGAGUACAGCGUGUCGGACCCGCACACCGGCGACAUCAAGUCCCAGCACGAGGCCCGCGACGGAGACGUGGUCAGCGGCUCCUACAGCCUGCACGAGGCCGACGGCUCUGUGCGCACGGUGCACUACAGCGCCGAUGACCACAGCGGCUUCAACGCCCAGGUGGAGCACUCCGGACACUCGGCGCACGCGCAGCCCGCGCAUCAGCUGCUCCAUCAUUCAAUAAUCGAGUGUACCACAAGAACCACCAACAUGAUCGCUAAAAUCGUACUUCUGGUAGCGGGAGUGGCGUGUGUGAGCGCGCAGCACUACUCUCACGGCGCGGCCGUGUCCUCGCAGUCCAUCGUCCGCCACGACCUGUCGCACGGCCAGCAGUACGCACCCCUCAUCCAGCACGCCGCCCCCGUCAUCCAGCACGCCGCCCCCCUUAUCCAGCACGCCUCCCCUAUCAUCCAGCAUGCCGCUCCCCUCAUCCAGCACGUCCAGCACGUCGCGCCCGUGCAGCACGUCGCCCACGCCGCACCCCUCGUCGGCCUGCACGGUGGACACCAGAUUGAGGCGUACAACACCCACCCCAAGUACGAGUUCGAGUACAGCGUGUCGGACCCGCACACUGGUGACAUCAAGUCCCAGCACGAGGCCCGCGACGGAGACGUGGUCAGCGGCUCCUACAGCCUGCACGAGGCCGACGGCUCUGUGCGCACGGUGCACUACAGCGCCGACGACCACAGCGGCUUCAACGCUCAGGUGGAGCACUCCGGACACUCGGCGCACGCGCAGCCCGCGCAUCAGCUGCUCGCCCAUCAUUAA